AUGAGCUACGUUAAGACCGGCACCCACUCGUCGCUGCCGUCGAUCCGCGUCGGCUCGGCGGCCAACUCGCUGCACAUGAGCUCUUACGGAAACCCGAACUCCGCCUGCUCCCUCGGCUCCACCACUCUCUUGCGCCCGCGCCAGAGCAACCGUGCGCCGCAGUCCACGGCGGGCGCUGCGCAGCCGAAGCAAGGACGCCGCCCCACCGGCGUGUCGUUCAUCUCUGCCAUCGACACCGCCAGUACGAAGUUGUCUAUCCCGAUCACCGCGGUGGAGCCGACGCUCGCCUUUGAGGACGAUGGCCUGGUGCCGGGGCUGUGUCGGCUCUACCUUGACGGCCGCUGCCGGCAGGGGGACCGCUGCUUCCAGGUGCACGCCGACCCGACGGUGAUCGCGCAGCUUCGCAGCGAGGCCUAUACGAGCCCCUCCUGCUGCCCGGUGCACGGCGCCAAGUGCAAGCUGGGGGGCUUCCCACUGGGCCUCGCCGUCAUCAUCGACCCCCCGCGUGAGCGUGAGGCGGCGAACUGUAGCGAUGCGAAGGGCGAGCGGGAGAGCGCCAGCACUGUGGACUCGUCCUCCAACGGUGAGACGAGCAACUCAGCCAGCGGCGCGGAGGCAAAGGAUGCGAAGGAGAAGGACAUGGAGCACAAGGCGGUCAUCAUGCUGCACAACGUGUGCCCCACUCGCUACCUCUGGGCGCGCUACGAAGAGACCGGCAGCAUGCUGAUUCACGUGCCCAAGUCGAAGAUCUGUCGCGAGCACCGCAAAGGUCUCUGCCGCUUCGGUGACGAAUGCAGCUUCCUGCACGUCUGCCGUGAGAUCCCGCUCGCCGGCAGCAAUGAGGAGUUCUUCAGCCCCGAGCACAGCCGUAGCCACAGCCGUACCCUUUCCCGCCUACCGCAGGGAAGCAUGCCGGACUUCGGCUCGCAUCCGCCCUCCUUCGCAGCGGCGAACGGCUCGCUGCACCAGAGCGUGCACUCGCACUCCGCUUCCCAUUCUAUGGCGAACACGUCAGCGCUCUACCCAAACAGCAUUCUCGUGCCGCAGAACGGGUCCUUCUUGGAGGGCUCGUUUAGCUGCAACCAAUCCGGGCCGGACAACCACACCCGUGACUCGCAGCCACUGCUGCGCCCGUUGGGUGGAGUGCAGUCCUCUCACACAAACCCGGCGGUCCACGGGCACGGCAGUUUUUCUACUGCCAGUAGCAUGCACGCCCGCGGGUCCUUCUCGCACAACCCCUACGCAGAGGCCUCCUCGUUCCACAACUAA